CUAAAAAUGGAUCAUCACUGUCCAUGGGUGAAUAACUGCAUUGGAUUUUCUAACUACAAAUUCUUUCUACUGUUCUUAGCCUAUUCUUUGUUGUAUUGCUUGUAUAUUGCUGCAACAGUCUUCAAGUAUUUCAUUAAGUAUUGGACAGGUGAACUGACUAAUGGACGUUCCAAAUUUCAUGUCCUUUUUCUUCUCUUUGUGGCGGUCAUGUUCUUCGUAAGCCUUAUGUUUCUAUUUGGCUACCAUUGUUGGCUCGUUAGUAGAAACAGAUCUACUUUAGAGGCUUUCUCAGCUCCAGUGUUUCAGAAUGGCCCAGAUAAAAAUGGAUUCAAUCUUGGCUUUGCAAAGAAUCUUCAGCAAGUGUUUGGAGAAGAAAAAAAGCUCUGGUUACUACCUAUUGCCUCUAGCCAGGGCGAUGGACAUUUUUUCCCAAUGAGAGCUUUGUGUGAAGCUCAGAAUCCUCUCCUAGCAAAUGAAGAGCAGUGGGAAGAUGAUGGAAUAGAUGAAGAACCUCAUGAUUCUGGUGAAGCUUCAUCCCUUGCCAUAGAAAGGGAGACAUAG